AUGAAGCUGAAUGUUGUCAUUUCUCUUGCCAACCACAACGGACCUUACACCAACAAUGAUAUCAUCGUUGGUGUUGCCACGUUGAGCGUGGUAGAAGACAUACAAGUUACUAGUAUUGAAGUUUUGCUUCAAGGAGUGAUUGAGAUAGAUUAUAAGCGAGGUAAUGAUUCAAACCGUGUUAAAACAGUUUUCUUGGAAUCCCAAAAGCAUGUGUUUCCUGAUAAACAGCUCCUUUUCCUCAAGGAUCCUGCCAACAGGGACACCACCGGUGGCGGGAGUACCAUAGAUUACACCUUGCCACAAGGCGACUACAGCUAUCCAUUUUCAUUUCAAUUACCCGAUUCUUCAGAAUUCUACCCUCCCUCAUUGCACUGUAAACCACCGAAACUCUCGCAUUUCGCCCUGGUGAGGUAUUCCAUCGUCGCAGUGGUGCACCGCCCAGGGUUCUACAGGCCAAACCUCAUCACUUACAAUAGUUUCCGGUUCCAACCACACUAUACCAGUCUAUCAUAUGAUCCAUUGUUAUUGGUUUAUUCCAAGAAAAAAAUCCCAAUAGGAAACAUCAGCCAUGGUAAUCCUUCUAAACUCGCCAUCAAUGAUGCCGGACUUCUCAAACGGGUUCUUACUCCAAGAGCCACCCUGGUACCAUUAUCCCUCACUGCGGUGUUCAAACCGUAUAUCGAGAACUCUCAUUUGACUCAGGUGGAAGAGCAUACAAAGUAUCGGUUUAUCCCCAUGAAGGCCAGACUUCACCGGUGUUUGGAUCUUAAAAUCAUCAUUCCAAUGUCGUACCAUGCCCUUCAAUCAAUGAUAGAAGCAGGAUCAACCCGUAUCACUCUCACUAGGAUGAAUAUUCAAGUACGGCAAACCGUGGGGUACGGCCAAUCCACAGGGGUCAUCGCGUAUCAUACCAAAGUUGUGAAUAAACGAUUAAAUCAAAUUCUUGAUCUUUGCAGGGAUUUCCAACUGAUCCCCAGAGAGGAUUUUCCACUAUUAGGAACCCUGAAAAACAUUGAAAUUCCGUUCUUUGGGACAGGGAAAAGUUUGGACUCUCUGUUGCUGGAAAACCUUGAUUCUUGGCCAGAAAGACCUCCUGAAUACUUGGCUGAGAAAUCACCCGAGCACUUGGCUGAUAAACCUCCUGGAUAUUUCACAGAGACAACCCAAGAGGAAAAAAAUACUUUCUUAUCAUUCACGUUAUUGCCAGAAUGUUACGAUGGAAUAAUCACCACACACCAUCGUCUGUGUAGUUACAAAGGAUUAUGCAUCAAACACGAGCUCUAUAUAGCAUUGACGAUUCGUUCUCCUAAUGGUCGAGAACUAGAAUUAGUCUGUAUGUCUCCGGUGGUGAUGCUAGCUAGCGGCUGGGAAAAAAAAGGUGGGAAUAUCCAACAUCAAAAGUGGUGA